AAUGGCCGCUGUGUAGUUACGACGGAGGCAGAUCCCGGGAACCGUGCUUCGACGUGUCAGAAAGAAUCUUGGCAGUAGCUUAAAGACAUCACUGACUUCUGGAUCCUGCAUAAAGCCCAAGGAGAGAAGAAAUGGGCCGCUCUAAUUCUAGAUCACAUUCUUCAAGAUCAAAGUCUAGAUCACAGUCUAGUUCUAGGUCAAGAUCAAGAUCACAUUCUAGAAAGAAGAGAUACAGUUCUAGGUCUCGUUCCAGGACAUAUUCAAGGUCUCGUAGUAGAGAUCGUAUUUAUUCUAGAGAUUAUCGUCGAGAUUACAGGAAUAAUAGAGGAAUGAGACGGCCUUAUGGGUACAGAGGACGGGGUAGAGGGUAUUAUCAAGGAGGAGGAGGUAGAUACCAUCGAGGUGGCUAUAGACCUGUCUGGAAUAGAAGGCAUUCUAGGAGUCCUAGACGAGGUCGGUCACGUUCCAGGAGUCCAAAAAGAAGAUCCGUUUCUUCUCAAAGAUCCCGAAGCAGAUCCCGUCGAUCAUACAGAUCCUCUAGGUCUCCAAGAUCAUCAUCAUCUCGUUCUUCAUCCCCAUAUAGCAAAUCUCCUGUCUCUAAAAGACGAGGGUCUCAGGAAAAACAAACCAAAAAAGCUGAAGGGGAACCCCAAGAAGAGAGUCCUUUAAAAAGCAAAUCACAGGAGGAACCAAAGGAUACAUUUGAACAUGACCCAUCUGAGUCUAUUGAUGAGUUUAAUAAAUCUGCCACAUCUGGUGAUAUCUGGCCUGGCCUUUCAGCCUAUGAUAAUAGUCCAAGAUCACCUCAUAGUCCUUCACCUAUUGCUACACCACCCAGUCAGAGUUCAUCUUGCUCAGAUGCCCCCAUGCUUAGUACAGUCCACUCUGCCAAAAAUACCCCUUCUCAGCAUUCACAUUCCAUUCAGCACAGUCCUGAAAGGUCUGGAUCUGGUUCUGUUGGAAAUGGGUCUAGUCGAUACAGUCCUUCCCAGAAUAGUCCGAUUCAUCAUAUCCCUUCACGAAGAAGCCCUGCAAAGACAGUUGCACCACAGAAUGCUCCAAGAGAGGAAUCUAGGGGGCGGUCCUCUUUUUAUCCUGAUGGAGGAGAUCAGGAAACAGCAAAGACAGGAAAGUUUUUAAAAAGGUUCACAGAUGAAGAGUCUAGAGUGUUCCUGCUUGAUAGGGGUAAUCCCAGGGAUAAAGAGGCCCCCAAGGAGAAAGGAUCAGAGAAAGGCAGGGCAGAGGGAGAUUGGGAAGACCAGGAAGUUCUAGAUUACUUCAGUGAUAAAGAGUCUGGAAAACAAAAGUUUAAUGAUUCAGAAGGGGAUGACACAGAGGAGACAGAGGAUUAUAGACAGUUCAGGAAAUCGGUCCUGGCAGAUCAGGGGAAAAGCUUUGCUACUUCAUCUCACCGGAAUACUGAGGAGGAAGGACCCAAAUAUAAGUCCAAAGUUUCACUAAAAGGCAAUAGAGAAAGUGAUGGAUUUAGAGAAGAAAAAAAUUAUAAACUGAAAGAGACUGGAUACAUAGUGGAAAGGCCUAGCACUGCAAAAGAUAAGCACAAGGAAGAAGACAAAGGUUCUGAAAGAAUAACAGUAAAGAAAGAAACACAGUCACCUGAGCAGGUAAAGUCUGAAAAGCUCAAAGACCUCUUUGAUUACAGUCCCCCUCUACACAAGAAUCUAGAUGCACGAGAAAAGUCUAUCUUCAGAGAGGAGAGCCCUCUUAGGAUCAAAAUGAUAGCCAGUGAUUCUCAUCGUCCUGAAGUCAAACUCAAAAUGGCACCUGUUCCUCUUGAUGAUCCUAACAGGCCAGCCUCCUUGACUAAAGACAGGCUACUUGCUAGUACGCUUGUCCAUUCUGUCAAGAAGGAGCAAGAAUUCCGAUCCAUCUUUGACCACAUUAAGUUGCCUCAGGCCAGCAAAAGCACUUCAGAGUCAUUUAUACAACACAUUGUAUCCUUGGUUCAUAUUGUUAAAGAGUUAUACUUCAAAUCACCUGCAGUAACCCUAAAGCAGUUUACUUCAUACCAGAAAGUCACUGAAGAACAUAGUACCCAGCAAAAGAGUCCUGAGAUACACAGGAGGAUUUACAUCUCUCCAAGUGCUCUGAGGAAGCAUACCCAUUUAGCAGGGGAAGAGAGAGUUUUUAAAGAAGAAAAUCAGAAGGGGGAUAAAAAAUUCAGGUGUGAUUCAGCUGAUCUUCGGCAUGACAUUGAUCAUCACCAUAAAGAAAGAGGUAAAGAAGGGGGGGAUUCCAAGGGCUCCAGGGAAUCUAGUGGAUCAAGAAAGCAAGAAAAAACUCCAAAAGAUUACAAGGAAUACAAAUCUUAUAAAGAUGACAGCAAACAUAAAGGUAGAGAGCAAGACCAUUCUCGAUCAUCAUCUUCUUCAGCAUCACCUUCCUCACCGAGUUCUCGAGAAGAAAAAGAUAGUAAGAAAGAAAGAGAAGACGAGUUUAAAGCUCAUCAUGAGAUCAAAGACUACUCGGGAUUUGCAGGAGUUAGCAGGCCUCGAGGGACCUAGAAGUACUUCUUGCAUGAUGACAGAGAUGAUGGUGUGGAUUAUUGGGCCAAAAGAGGAAGAGGUCGUGGUACUUUUCAACGUGGCAGAGGGCGCUUUAAUUUCAAAAAAUCAGGUAGCAGUCCAAAAUGGACUCAUGACAAAUACCAAGGGGAUGGGAUUGUUGAAGAUGAAGAAGAGACCAUGGAAAAUAAUGAAGAAAAGAAGGACAGACGCAAAGAAGAAAAGGAAUAGUAUCAAGAUUGCAACAGAGAGCACAACUUGACACUCAGUUUUUUUAAACCUGAUUUUUGUUUUCAAAUAAGAAUGUAAACAUUUUACUUAAAAUUUACUGUUUGCAAGUAGUCUAUAGGAAUUUUGUUUUAAGUCUUCAGAUACCUUGGGGAAAAAUAGUAGACUGUAUGUUGAAAAUUGUAUUGAAAUAAAGUAGAAAAUGUUCCGUACCAUA